GUGAUCACAUGGAUGAAACCAGGAAACAGAGAAGUGGUUUCAUUCCACGGUCACUUCCGAAGCAGUAGCAGCAGCUGAAGAUUUCUCAACUUCAAGGAGCUGACCUCUUAAAGAUGAUGAACCCAGAGGAAAAUGUACUCUCCACAUCUGAGGGAUGUCAAAACAAAAUCUCUAUGGACCUCUUCCUGCACUAUUCACUCAUACCAGCUGUGCUGUUUACGGGCGUUCUGUCGUUUCUUCAAAGACGAGCCCGGAGGCUCAACAUUGACAACAGACUGCCAUUUUUGGAGGGACGUUUUGGUGUAGUGGUGCCUUUGGAUUCCAUCAGCAGCUUCAGUAACCGUUGGUCAUACGGCUUCGCGUUUGGUGCCGUCUCAACCACUGUUCUUCUGCUUUUCUCUGAAAACUAUGUGCCCUUCACCGUCCCACCUUGGGCCAAAGCUAUUGUGUAUCUGGUUGGAGCUUUAGAAGUGGGCCUGGUGUAUUUCCCUUUCUUCGCAUGCCUGUCAACACCAUGCAGACUUGCAGGAGCAACUUUGGGCAUUCUCUAUUCUUUGACCUGGAUCAUUGUUACAGUUUGGGAUGCGGCCACAUGUCCCAGUGGAGAGAUCUUUGGAAAAUACCAGAAGGUCAUUUCUCAAUGGCCUCGCAUCCUCUCCCUCAUCUUCCUCUUGGGACGCUUCAUCUAUAUGCUGGUUAAAGAUGCUCGCAUACGUUUAAAGCUGGAACAGGAGGACUCGGGAGAGCUGGUCGAGCAUCACCAAGCGCUGCAUGUCAAGAGGCUGCUGAGCAAAGCAUCAGAGCAGAGUAAACCCCUCAGCUGGUUCCAGAGAAAUGUGUAUGAGUGGGAUCCCUUUUUCAAAUUUCCCAACAGGAUCAUCGGCACUCUCAUCAUCUCCCUGAUAGGUCUAUACAUGAUGACACUAGCAGACUACAGUCUCAGCGAUGUUGUCUUUGAUAAAUUAGACAACUGGAAGGACACACUGAAACAAGUGACCACAUCAUGCAACCAGACGGAAGCUCUGGCACUGAUGAUACCACAGCUGGAAGAAUUCAUUCAUGUUGCCAGGAAGUCGUGGCUUGCCACCACUGUUUUUGCGAGUGUCAACUCAGUCGCCUAUGUCUUCCACAUCAUGGCCUGUUACAGGAAACACUUGAAGAGACUGUGGAAGGGACAGAAGGGUUUUCUUCCCGAAAGGUUUCACAAACCCCGCUCUGCUGUCAGUGUGGCUUCCAUCGCCCGGUACUCAGGAUGGCAAAUAGCCUUCACACUGUGGGGUUACCUGAUUGUCCACUUUAUCCACUUCCUGUUCGCUCUUUUGUUUGCCUAUCUACUGGUUCUUCCCAUAAAACACGGAAAUGUUCUGAGCAUGCUCUCAAACCUGGGGAUCAUACUCCUGACCAUUGGUCUGGUGACCGCUUUGAUAAUUCUCCAGAUAGUUCUGGUGCAGGUCUUCUUCCUUCAGGACAAAAUGUCCCCCACAGAUAAAGAAAAACCUCUGGCUCUCAACAACAGGAGGGCGUUCCACUGCUUCAAUUACUUCUUCUUUUUCUACAAUGUUGUGAUGGGAAUUAGCAUCUGCAUCGUGAGGCUGCUGUUCAGUAUCAUUGCUGGAACGUGGCUUGUGUCCCGCAUUGAUCGUACGAUAAUGCAGAGAGGAUAUGAAAAAAUGGAUGCUGGCUACAGCACAUGGAUCGGGAUGAUCUUUGCUGACCAUUACCACAACAACCCAGUCAUGGUUUGUUUUUGUCAGCUGCUGGUGUCCAACACGCUGGAGAGACAAAGCGUAACAACGUACUCAUCGUUCAGCAAUGCUACAUCGGCUGCUCAUGCCAACAGUCGAGCUCGGAGGCGCUGGACAUUACUUUAUACCUUACAGAAGAACCCACACCUGAUCCUCUUCAGAAAACAUCACCUCUCUUCAUCUCCUUAUCCAGAGACAGUGGCACAGGUGUGGGUCAUGGCAUCUCAGGCACACAGCCGCAAUCCUUCACAGGCACUGCCAGAGAUCAUAGUCACACCAGACGAAAACUGUUAAAAAAAACUCAAAAGUGUUCAUAUGUUUGUUGUCAUCCAUUCAUUUUCUAAGACUACUUUAUUAUUGCUGGGGCCUGUGCCCAGCCAAUGAAGGAUGAGGGUACUCCCUGGACGGUCCCUCAGACCAUCGCAAGGCUGUCUGUAUUUACGCUCUAUGAAACUGUGUCAUUAAAUGGUCAGAA